GUAAUAAAAAGUACUUGUCAACAAAGUAUAUUUAUAUUUACUAAAACUUAAAAAUCAGCAAUCAAGAUAUUGCAAAUUGCAAUAAUCUUUCAAUAUGACAACCUAAUAUCAACAUUCAUUUCGUUUUUAUAUAUUAACCGAAACUAUAUAGGCAUGUUUCACAAGGCGGAGAAUUCUAAAGGGAGCUUUUUAGAGCAAACCAAGGCUGCCCGAGAAGAAAGAGCUUUAGAGAAAAAACGAGAAGCUGCUGCAAAGAUAAUCCAAGCUCACGUAAGAGGAUGGUUGUGUAGAGUUCGAUUUACCAGGAACAUUUUGGAAGACUUUGAUGAAGCUAUUCCACAUACGCCAGAAGAUGUUUCCAAAAUUCAGUACAAACCUGCAAAUGAAAUAUUUCACCAUGCCCUUAAACUUUUAUUCAUAUGGAAAAAAGAAAGAGACAAAGAGAGAUUUGCUACAUUAUGCCGAUACUUAGUCGCUACUCUCAACAGUGAUUCGCUAAAAAUUAGCUAUGUAGGAGUUGCAUUUAACAAGCAAACAGUGAUACGAUGGAUAUCUCACAUGAAUGAGAUUUUAUGGAACUGUUGUGGAUAUUUAAAUGAUCUCAAACCUGAACUGUCGGGUGAUAUGAAAAGUAUUGUAAUGUAUUUACAUGUAUUAGUUUCUUUUACAAGCACUAAUACUUGGGUAGUUCUAAAAAAUAAGAAUAUGGAGAUGUUUUGGUCUGGAAUGAAUCAGCUAUGUGCCAACUUAAUGGGGCAGCUCUUCCACAAAGGGUUUUAUUUGGUAUUAAAGAAUCUACUUUUGAGGGGCUUAGCCAGAACAAAGAUAGCAUUUAAACAUGUGUCUUUAUCAGCAAUACUUACUCUCUCUUUGAGACCAUUAGUUGCAGCCAACUAUUCAGAUAAACUGAUGACAAUAUUUUUAAUAAAUAUUUUUUCUAUUCCUGGUUUGGUGAAACAUCUUCAGAACUUGUCAUCAGAGUGCAUAUCUACAUUAGCCAAUCACAAGAUAUUUUCAAGGAGUUUAGAAUUACUUUCUAGUCAGCAGUCUAUGAGAAUAGUUUUUAAUACUUUAGAAGGAAGCUAUGCAUUAUGUUUACUGGCAAAUUUAAUCCAAAUGGCAUACAUAGAAAGAAAUAGUACGCUUAGGGAAUUGUGUUUUCCGACAUUUACAGUUGUUGUAACUGGAUUAUUGGAAAGCUGCCAGAAUUAUGUAGUUAGCAAACAAUCUACACUAACUCAUUGGCAUCCAGUGUUAGGUUGGUUUGCUCAGCCUAUGGAUAUGUUUCUGCUGACCGCUAUACCUCAUGUCAAAGAGCAGUUGCAUUAUCUUUGGAACACCGAGAUAAUCCAAAUACUUCUUGGUGAUCCGUUGUCAAUAUUAGUUGCUGAUACAGAAGCUCCAGUGCAGAUUAUGAGCCCUACCCAGGUGAGUGUAGGUGGAACAAGUUUUUUUAAAAAAGUAUUAGAGAACAAAGGUACGAGACCAACGAUUCAGAAAUCCUACAGAGCUUUGGGCAGUCCCGAAGUCCACAGGAUCGUGUUAAUAUGUUCGCUGUAUCAUACCGCACUAAACACUUUAACGCAGCUGCAACUUGAUAUUUUAACGGGUUUAUGCUAUCAAAACACAGUACUCUACAAUUUAUGGUUAUUUCUCUGUUCGCUGGGGCCAAAUUGUGGAAUAAAACCUUUUUUGGAUCAUUUAGCGUUUAAUACCAAAUGCUCCGCACCAGAAUUUCAGUUACUGCAACUAUUUUCGGACUGUAUGCUACACUACGUCACGAUAUUGGACGAUAUGGAAAUGUACGAACAACAAAAUCCGUUUAAGCUCUCAGAUUUUAUCGUUAUGUCUAACUUUCUGAAUAUAUUCUUGUACAAGGCAGUACUGGGUAAUUUAUUUGAUUUUAAAACGAUACACAACAACUCCUUGUUUAGUUCCCUGCAUGCAAUCCUAAUGCUGUUGUAUAAAAGAGAUUGCAGAAGAAGUUACACUCCAUCAGGUCAUUGGUUGAUAAAGGAUAUUAAAGUUUCCGUCUUCAUAGCUGACUUGGAAAAAGGUCGUCGAGCUCCACAACUGCUGCUACAGACCAUGCCUCAUGUCAUUCCCCAUGAUGAUAGAGUUAGAUUAUUUAGGAAAUACAUUACUAACGAAAAAACCGUACUAGGUCUGACUGAGUCUGUCUGCGCAUCACCUCAAUCUACCCUUAUUACUGUUCACAGGAACCGAAUUGUAGAAGAUGGAUAUAGACAGCUGGCUAUGUUACCUUCCCAAUCAUUAAAGGGGGUAAUAAGAGUUAGAUUUAUAAACGAACAAGGCCUUGACGAAGCAGGUAUAGAUCAAGACGGAGUUUUCAAGGAGUUUCUAGAAGAAAGUAUCAAAAAGGUAUUCGAUCCUUCGCUGAAUCUAUUCAAAGCUACUAGCGAAGAACGUUUAUAUCCGUCACCUACGUCUUCAGUGCAGGAUAAUCAUCUGCAACUGUUCGAAUUCGUUGGACGAAUGUUAGGUAAGGCCGUCUACGAAGGCAUUGUAGUUGACGUUCCUUUUGCCUCAUUUUUCUUAAGCCAAAUAUCAGGACAGACUACGCAACUGUUGUAUAGUUGUGUUGAUGAGUUACCAUCGUUAGAUCCAGAACUGUACAGGAGUUUAAAUUACGUCAAACAUUACAAGGGUGACGUAUCCGAAAUUGAUUUGACCUUCAGCGUUGACGAGGACAGUAUGGGAAAAAUUGUUACGCAUGAGUUGGUACCGGGGGGAAAGGCCCUACAAGUUACCAAUGAAAAUAAAAUCAAUUAUAUUCAUUUGAUGGCCCAUUUUCGAAUGCAUCUUCAAAUCAAAGAUCAAACUGCAGCAUUUAUCAAAGGAUUUCGAUCGAUUAUCAAUCCAGACUGGUUAACGUUGUUUUCAACACCUGAGCUACAACGUUUAAUUUCUGGUGAUAAUGUUCCCUUAGACCUUAAGGACCUGAGGAAAAAUUGUCAGUAUUACGGAGGAUUUCAUGAUUCACAUCGAGUAAUCGGCUGGUUGUGGGAUAUUUUAGAAAAAGACUUUAACGAAGAAGAGAAAACUAUGUUUCUUAAGUUUGUAACUAGUUGUUCCAAGCCCCCACUUCUUGGAUUCGCACAUCUUGAACCGCCUUUUUCGAUAAGAUGUGUCGAAGUUGGUGACGACGAAGAUACUGGAGAUACGAUAGGUAGCGUAUUUAGAGGAUUUUUCACGAUAAGGAAAAAGGAUCCACAAAACCGUCUACCGACUUCAUCCACCUGUUUUAAUCUCUUAAAGUUGCCUAACUAUCAAAAGAAGAGCACCCUGAGAGAAAAACUGAGAUAUGCAGUGACCUGCAAUACUGGUUUUGAACUAUCGUAAUUUUUUUAUGUCAAUAAAUCAGCUGAUUAUAUUCAAAUUUAGUAAGAAUUAAGCC